AUGACUGGAGAACCUGGAGAAUGGAGGCCUGUUCCAGAGGAGUUACAACAGGUAGUAGAACUUCUUCGGCUUUCUCAGUCGCCUGAUACGCAGACUCAAAAAAAUGUCCAGGAGAGGCUUAAUCAGUUGAAUGGCCAUCCAGAGUUCUGUUGCUACCUUGCCUUUAUAAUGGCUGAGAUGCGAGAUGAGGAAGUUACCAACCGUUCAGUAUCGGGGCUGAUCUUAAAAAAUUCGAUUCGGCUAACUUGGACUCAGUUACCAGAAGGUAUACAAAACUAUGUGAAACAUACAACUCUAUCGGCUAUAUCUGACCCACAUCCUUUGAUUCGUGCUACUGUUGGUAUAAUUAUUACUACGAUAGUAAUCUUUGGUGGUUUUGCUCAAUGGCCAGCACUGAUCCCAACGUUGUGUAAUCUCUUAGAAGACAUGAAUCCCGAUACUCAGGAAGGAGCUAUGGGUGCAAUACAGAAAAUCUGUGAAGAUUCUGCUGAUAUGCUAUUACAGCAGCAGCAUUUAAAUGUUCUUAUCCCUAAACUGUUGAUAUUUUUCAACUCCCCGCACGCUAAGCUAAGAGCAUUAGCAGUUAACGCUGUUAAUUGUAUAUUACUGGUACAAACGGAACCUCUGAACAACGUUAUGGAUGUAUUCCUCGCACAACUUUUCGCAUUAGCUAAUGAUGAAGAUACGGAAGUUCAAAAGCAACUUUGUCGAGCAUUAACACUCUUGCUAGAUUCUCAUCUUGAGAAGUUGGUGUCUCAACUGGGCAAUAUAGUAGAGUUUAUGUUGAUUCGGACUCAGGAUUCCAAUGAAGCAACAGCUCUAGAAGCCUGCGAAUUUUGGUUAGCCCUCGCAGAAAACCCUCAGAUAUGUAAGGAAGCGCUUGGCCCUCAUUUGCCACGUCUUAUUCCUGUGUUAAUGAGAUGUAUGAGAUAUUCCGAAGUCGAUAUCAUGAUGUUGCGAGGUGAGGUGGAAGAAGAUUGUUCUGUUCCCGAUCGUCAGCAAGAUAUAAGGCCGAGAUUUCAUCGGGCCAAAACGCAGACUCAGCGUCAUUCUGAGGGCGAUGGUGUAAAUCUUGACGUGGAUGUUUAUGAUGACGAUGAACCGGAUGACGAUUCGUCAACAGAAUGGAAUCUUAGAAAAUGCAGUGCUGCAUCUCUAGAUGUGUUAUCAGGGAUAUUUACAGACGAUUUCUUACCUACUCUUCUUCCUAUACUAAACGAAGCCUUGUUCCAUGAAGACUGGCUGAUUAAAGAGAGUGGUAUACUCGCUUUGGGAGCUGUUGCAGAAGGUUGCAUGAAUGGUAUAACUCCUCAUCUUCCCGAGUUAAUACCGUUUUUGAUCAAUUCUUUACGAGACAGGAAGCUAUUAGCUCGCGUUUUGGAUGGAAACAAGCGGGUUCAAGAAGCUGCUUGUUCUGCUUUUGCCACAUUUGAAGAAGAAGCAAAUAUCGAGCUAGUGCCAUAUUUACCAGAAAUUGUUACUGCGCUUUGUGAGGCUUUUAAACGGUAUCAGGCCAAAAAUCUGUUGAUUCUGUAUGAUGCUGUUGGAACCCUUGCGGACAGCGUUGGUGCGCAUUUAAAUCAGCCGCAGUAUGUUGAGAUGCUGAUGCGGCCUUUAAUGGAAAAGUGGUCUGUAUUAGCAGACGAUGACAAGGAAAUGUUUCCCCUGCUGGAGUGCCUGUCUUCUGUCGCAACUGCUAUUAAUGUGUCGUUUUUGCCUUAUUGUGAGCCGGUGUUUCAUAGAUGUCUCUCGUUGAUCGCAAAAUGUUUGGAAGAGACGCAGCUAGCCAUUCAGAGCCCUGCAGAGCAUGAGUUGCCAGAUAAAGAUUUUCUAAUUAUGGCUUUAGAUCUCCUCUCUGGUCUGGCUGAAGGUCUUUCAGGAAACAUUGAAUCUUUUGUAGCAUCCAGUCACAUUGUGGCCCUUAUUUACCAAUGCUCCUUGGAUCCAAGUCCAGAGGUCAGACAGAGUUCUUUCGCUCUCCUCGGCGACUUGGCUAAAGCUUGUUAUCAUCAUUUGGAACCUCACAUACAUUCUUUCCUACCAAUAUUGAAACAAAAUUUGGAUCCUGAGCAAAUAUCGGUUUGCAACAAUUCUAUUUGGGCUAUUGGAGAGAUUUCUAUGAAAAUUGGUGUCGGAAUGCGUGAGCAUGUCAAUGAUUUGUUGCCAUCUUUAAUCUAUGUUAUGAAUCGUGACAAAGGUCCUAGAACACUUCUUGAAAAUACUGCAAUAACACUUGGUAGACUGGGUUUACACUGUGCAGUUGAAGUGUCUCCGUAUUUGCAACAAUUUAUACGUGCCUGGUGUCUCGCACUGAGGAACAUUCGCGAUAAUGAUGAGAAGGAGAGUGCUUUCAAAGGUCUCUGUUAUAUGAUUGACGUAAACCCGGCUGGGGUUUUGACGGAUUUCAUCUUUUUGUGUGAUGCUAUAGCCUCAUGGAAUAAUCCUAAAGAUGACCUAAAAAUGAUGUUCGCAAGGAUUUUGCAUGGUUUUCGAAACCAAGUUGGCGAUCCGCACUGGACAGCAUUUACGUCUCAGUUUCCUGUACCUCUUAAGCAGCGAUUGAAAGUACAGUACGAUGUUUAA